AUGCAUCAUCAUCAUCAUCCAUUUCUUGAUGCAGGAUUAGGUGCUUUCGCUGGUUAUGAGCUCGGCCGUCAUACUGGUAUUGGCAAUCCACUUAUCGAUGCUGGACUAGGUGCCUUUGCCGGUUAUGAGAUUGGAAAUUACUUUGGUGGUGGAUAUGGUGCUCCAUAUGGUGGAGGAUUUGGUGGUGGUUUUGGUGGAGGUUUUGGUAAUCAGUAUGGAUAUGGUGGAUAUGGUUAUUAG